GUGACAGAUCGUGAGGCGCUCUCUGAUAACUGCGUGCGGCACGGUUAUCACUGGAAACAGGAACUAUGUUUUUCUUCCUGCCGUUCACAGUUUCUCUUCGGAGCUAUAACACUGUGACACGCAAUCUUUGGAAGAGGGAAAAAUAAGAUGGCAGGUGCCAAAUCAGCAUUGGUGUUGUGCAUGGAUGUUGGGUUCUCCAUGUCCAACUCUGCCCCGGGUGAAGAGCCUCCCUUUGAACUUGCCAAAAAAGUCAUCCAGAAGUUUGUCCAGCGCCAGGUUUUUGCAGAGACCAAGGAUGAACUGGCUUUAGUUCUGUUUGGCACAGACUCCACCAAAAACUCCCUGGAGCAGGAUGGCCAGUAUCAGAACAUCACCGUGCAUCGUCACCUUAAGAUGGCUGAUUUCGAGCUUCUGGAGGAAAUAGAGAAUCAGAUUCAUCCAGAGAGUCAGCAGGCUGAUUGGCUGGAUGCUCUUGUUGUGUGCAUGGACCUCCUUAAGACAGAAACAGAGGGAAAGAAGUGUGAUCGUCUCAACAUUGCGCUCCUGACUGACCUCAACAAGCAGGCCAACUCAGAGCAGCUGGAUGUUAUUGUUGAAAACCUGAAACAAGCUGGCAUCACCCUGCAGUUUUUUUUGCCUUUCCCUGCGGACGAAGAUGAAGAGGAUGAAGGAGAUGCUGACAGUCGCCCAGGCACGGGCAAAGGUCUGUCCAGGGAACAGGAGAUUGGCCUGAACAUGGUGAAACACAUCAUGCUAAGCUUGGAUGAAGAGGACGGCCUGGAUCAAAUUUACUCCUUUAGGAAAGCAAUCGAGCAGCUGUGCAUGUUCAAGCGUGUCGAGAGGAGACCCAUGGCUUGGCCCUGUCAGCUGACCAUCGGCAGCUGUCUGCCCAUCCGUAUUGUUGGAUACAAAGCAGUGACAGAAGAGAAACUGAAGAAAACAUGGUCUACAGUUGACGCUCAAACCUACCAGAAAGACGACGUGAAGAGAGAGACAGUCUACUGUCUGGAUGAUGACGAUGAGACAGAGGUGCAGAAGGAUGACACUAUCCAAGGUUUUCGUUAUGGGAGCGAUAUUGUUCCUUUCUCCAAAGUAGAUCAAGACCAGAUGAAAUACAAGCACGAUGGGAAGUGCGUUGCUGUUCUCGGCUUCUGCAAACAGAACAUGGUACAUCGCCAUCACUUCAUGGGGACUCAAGUCAUCAAGAUGUUUUCUGCCAAAGAUGAUGAGCAUGCCGGAGUCGCGCUGUCCGCUCUCAUCCGAGCGCUAGAUGAACUCGACAUGGUGGCCAUUGUACGUUAUGCCUACGACCGGCGCAGCAACCCUCAAGUCGGAGCAGCUUUCCCGUGCAUCAAGCAGGACUAUGAGUGUCUGAUGUACGUUCAGCUGCCCUUCAUGGAAGACCUCAGACUGUUUGCAUUUCCAUCUCUUGAAAACAACAAAAAGUUCACUCCGUCAGACACCCAGCUGUCUGCUGUGGACUCUCUCAUUGACUCCAUGAUGUUGGUGGAGGGGGAUGAUGAUAAUAAUAAGCUAAAGGACAUGUUCAAGGUCCACAACAUUCCCAACCCUGCCUUCCAGAGGCACUUCCAGUGUCUGCAUCAUCGGGCUGUAAGCCCCGGCACUCCUCUUCCGCCCAUGGAGCCAUGGCUGAAGGCUGCUCUUGAGCGCCCUGACGUCAUUAAUGAACGUUGCCAGGCUCCACUCGAGGAGAUGAAGAAGAAGUUUCCUCUCACAGAAGUGGAGAAGAAGAAGAAGCUCAAGACUAGUGCUCAGAUUUUUGGCAAAGACUCCGAGGAGCCAGAUGCCAAGAAGGCAAAAGGGAAUGAAGAAGAGGAGGAGUAUAGGCUGGCUGACAUCGCCGAAGGCUCUGUUACUUCGGUGGGAAGCGUGGAUCCUGCCAGAGACUUCCGGACUCUAAUCAAGAAGAAGAGUCUUCCAUUCGGAGAGGUCUGUCAGCAACUUACUCACAGGAUAGAGCAGUUGCUUAGCAACAAGAACACACACUACUACAUGAAGAGCAUCACCUGCAUCCAGGCGUUUAGAGAGCAGUCUGUUAAGCUGGGGGAUGCCAAUCUGUACAAUGGCUACCUGCAGUCCCUGAAGACAAGCAUCCCGAACAGAGGGCUGGAGGUCUUCUGGGACCUGCUUGUUCAAGAUGCCAUAACUCUGAUUAGCAAGGACGAGGUUGAAGGAAGCACUGUAUCCAAAAACGAAGCAACUCAGUUUCUGGUUACUGAGGAGAAGAAAGAGGAGGCAGCUGCACCUCCCGCUGAAGAUACUGGAGAUGUUGAUGACUUGCUGGACAUGAUGUGAGAAAGGCAGUGAACAUGCAGAGAAACAAGAAGAAUGCAUCAUUCAGCUCGACCAGACCAACCCAGUUCAGCCGUCCAUUGUUCUGCCUCCCAUUGUUCUGCCUCCCACUUGUUGACCCCUGAUACACAUAACUUGAUACUGAGAGAGUGCAUACAGUAGACACCGCACAGAGGAGUGUUUGGCUAAGCUAAUGUUUACACCACUGUCACAAAAACUUUUCCAAGUACUGUUUGUUGAGGGCUUUAGAUGUGUUUUGUCUUAAAAUGUCCAAAUGAUUGUAAUUAUAAAUGAAUAUCUCGUUCUCAUUCCAUGCUAAUUUUCAGUAAUGGUGGAUACAGUGAGUGUUUUAAAUCUCAAGAUUGGUGUACGGGUCCUUAGUGACUUUACAGAAGACAGUACUGCCUUGUCCAACAAACCGCAGGUUUAUUAUCUUAAAGCUUAAUGGUUGAUAACUGCUCGACUUGUACUUUGUUUUUGAAUGACAAAACAUUAAACAUGAAAACAGUUUACCUGACAAAUGUA